AUGACAUAUAAUAAUAGUAAUAGUAAAAAUAAAAUAAAAAAUAAAUAUUAUAAGCAAGAAGAUGAAACAAUAAAUGAAGAUGAAAAUGAUAUUAAAGAAGAAGAAGAAGAAGAAGAGGAAAAAGAAGAAAAAGAAGGAAAUAUUAAUAAUAACAAUAAUAGCAAUAAAAUCAACAUUGAAAAAGACACCAAUUUUAUAGAUAAAACAAAUCUUGGAAAUGGUGAAGGAGAUAGUGGUGGUGGGGGUGGUGAUAGUGGUGGUGGAUGUGGAGGUGGUGGUAAUGAUGAUGGAAAGGAAAAAAAAAAUAAAUUAAAGGCAAAUGAACAUGCUCCAAAAAUAUUAUCAUCAUAUUCAAUUUCAAGUAGUUGUGGUAACCCUCAUCAUUCUGAAACAUCCACCACUCCAAAACAACCAAUGACAACUACAACCACAACAACAACAGCUAGUACGGCAAAUUCAUUAUCUUCAUUAAAUACAUCAAGUUCAUUAGGGGCAAGUAGUAGUGGAAUUUUAAAUACCUCAAAUGAAAAUACACCAAUAAUUGGUGGUGUUUUAAAAAUUGAUAACGAAAUUUUAUUAAAUUCUGGUCAUAAGAAAACAUUACCAUUAUUUAAUUUAAUUUGUUUAACAAUUUGUUUUUUAGGUGUCCAAUUUGGAUGGGCAUUACAAAUUGCAUUUAGUACACCAUUAUUUUUAGAGUUAGGAGUUGAACAAAAAUGGGUAUCAUAUAUUUGGUUAGCAGGUCCAAUAUCAGGAUUAAUUGUCCAACCUUUGGUAGGUGUAAUAACAGAUAGGUCAGAAUGUAGAUUUGGAAGAAGGAAACCAUUCAUUUUAAUUGGUUCAGUAUUUAUAUCAAUUGGUUUAGUUUUAAUUUCAAACGCAGAAACAUUUGGUUCAUAUUUUGGUGAUUCAGAACAAAAGAAAUCAAUUGCAAUUUCAAUAGCUAUUGUUGGAUUUUGGAUAUUAGAUUUAUCAAAUAAUGCAGUUCAAGCACCAUGUAGAGCAUUAUUAGUUGAUAUUGCAGCACCAUCUCAACAAAGUUUAGGUAGUUCAUUAUUUUCAUUGAUGUUGGGUACUGGUAAUUUAUUAGGAUAUAUGAUGGGUUCAAUUGAUUUGGUUAGAAUGGUUCCAUUUAUGAAGACAGAUACGAGAGCAUUAUUUACACUAUCAAUUAUGGUAUUAUUAUUUUGUGUAGUGAUGACAUUAGGGUUUGUAACAGAGGAACAAUAUAUUAGGGUAAAUGAAGAUCAAUCAGUUGAAAACCCAUUAAAGACAAUGUUUAAGGGUAUUGUUAAAAUGCCCACAUAUUUACAAAGAUUAUGUGCCGUUCAAUUCUUUUCAUGGAUUGGGUGGUUUUCGUUUGUACUUUUCAUUACAACUUGGGUUGGCGUAAAUGUUUUCGGUGGUGAUCCAAAUGCACCCGAGUAUUCAGAUUCAAGGAUAUUAUUUCAAGAUGGUGUUCGUUGGGGUUCAUUAUCAUUAACGAUUAGUAGUGGAAUAACGAUUGCAGUUUCAUUGUUAAUACCGUUUUUAGUGAAGUUCAUAGAUAUGAAAUACAUUUAUAUUGGUGGUAAUCUUUUACAAUGUAUUUUCUUUGCAUUGUUUUAUUUUGUUGAAUCGAAAAUUGGUUCAUUACUAUUAAUUGCAUCAACUGGUAUUCCAUGGGCUAUUGUUAUGAUUUUACCAUUUUCAAUUGUAGGUAUGGGUGUUGAAGAUAAUGAAAGUAGUGGUCUCAAUAUUGGUACAUUAAAUAUAUUCGUUGUAGUUCCACAAAUGGUAGUAUCUUUAGGUAUUGGUUUAAUUUUAGAUUUAUCAAAAGGAAAUGUGGUUUAUUCAUUAUUGACCGGUUCCGUUGCUUCCUUCUUUGCAACCUUAUUUUGUUUUAGAAUAAUAAUACCAAAACAUCAUGGUCAUCCAAUUGGUGAUAUUGAAGAAAUUCAUUUUAAUAUAGAAAAUAAUAAUUCAGGAAAUAAAUAUUCACCAAUGUAUAAAUCUGAUAAUAAUAAUAAUAAUAAUACUAAUAAUAAUAAUAAUAAUAAUAAUAAUAAUAAUAAUAAUAAUAAUAAUAAUAAUAAUAAUAAUAAUAAUAAUUUUAAUAAUAAUAAUAAUAACAAUAGUGAUAAUAAUAAUAAUAAUCAAUCAAUAAUUAAUAAUAAUAAAAUCGAUAACAAUAAAAGCCCUAAUCAAAAAGAUAUUGAACCAAUAUUAAAUUUAAAUGAUAGUUAUCAAGUUAACCAAAGCCAACAAUCUUAUUCAAAUUAUUAA